AUGGUAACACCAUUGAAUGAUAAUGCAUCCCACCGGCAACCGUUGAAUACUUUUGCGCCCCCGUCGAAAGGGCCGAUUUUCACGCCUGUGCAGAAGGACUGGUUGAAAGAUCAUAUACCACAGUAUAUGCAGUGGCCUCCUACCUCAGAUGAGACGAUCACAUUCGUACAGACCAUGCUUAUUGAUUUCGACCACAUGUGGCCUCUUCACCAGAAGUUGUGGCCCGGGUCGAAUGUUCACAUUUUGCUAACCGACAGCAUGCAUGCCAAAUUACGGCGAGAUGCUGAUUCUUCGAGGGAAUAUCAAGGGCCACAUGCUGUGGACAACGCGACUGAUCCGCCAUUUCCCAAAUCCAAGGAAGUCAUCCCAUCCUCCAUUUCUUGGACGUCCGACCCCGCCGGCCUAUGGAGUAUAAAUUCAGAACGUGAUACCAUGGUAUCUGUCCGACUGGACGGUCUCAUCAAUCUUCUCCAGUGUCUUUCCCUCGACGAUCAAAAGACACUAUCUCAGGCCUUAGACAUUGGCACGGACACGGGCACCGAUGGUGAUACAUCCAAUGCUUCGGCAAUGUUACAGAUAACUCAACCGCAAAUGGGCCUGGCCCUGCCGCUGUCCGCACCGAAGGCUUGGCUGCUCUUCCCGCUUGGCUCUGAUGACCCCCCUGCUACAAAAACCUUGACAGUCCCAGGGAAGCUGCCCAUUGAUGCAACCCCACCGCUCUAUUAUGUGACUCGAGGUCGCUACAUCGGCAUCUUUUCAGGCUGGGAUGCAACCGGUCCCAAAGUGCUCGGUGUCUCUCGAGCCAUCUACCACAAGGUGGAUUCCAUCGAGCAAGGGAUAAACAUCGUGAAGGGUGCAAUUGAUCGCGGUGAUGCUUCGCAGGCCUUGUAG